AUAAACAAGUAUCAAAAGUACUGUAUCUGAAAGUCUCUUGGGGAGGUCAUUAGAUAAUAUCUACAAGGUCCAACGUAGCAGGGAGAGAAUCAAAGUUAUCUCAGGUGUUAUUUAAUGUCAUAAAUUGCCACUUUUGCUUGCUCCUAGCCAAUGUACAGAAGAUUGAACAAACACUUUUACUGUCAAGGCACUCCACUGGAACUCAGUGUAAACAAGAAAUAAGAGCAUCAAGAAUGGUUCCACAAAGAAUCCAGCUUCUUCAGGUUCUUCUCAUUUGGAUGAUUUCUGGAGUAAAGACAGAUGGCCACAUUUCCCAGACUCUGCACAUUGUACGAGUGAAAAAUGGAUCCCCAGCUUUGAUAAAUUGUGUAUAUUCAUCCUCUAAAGGGACCAUUGUGGGUACUUACUUAAAGAGAAGUGUUUCUAAGCCCAUUGAUCUGAUCUAUUUCCACCCAAGCCAGGUUACAAAACACAAGUUAUAUGAGCAUCGCCUUGACUGUGAAGGAAAUGUGAAAAAUUUCACAGUGACCCUUCGUGACUUUCAGGAAAGUGACAGAGACAUUUACUAUUGUGUUUUUGGAAUAAGAAAUCAAACAUCUAUAAAUGAUAAAAUUGUACAAGAGACAGUGUUCGUAUCAGAAUCCAGGAUAAAAGACUGUAAAGCUGAUUGUGAAGAAACAAUAAAUUGUAGACAAUUUUCAUAUAAGGAUCCAAUUGUGAUUGGUGUGAUUGUCGUUGUAGCAAUAGCUAUUAUUUGUGCUCUGGUUCUGAUAUCUUGGCAUGCAAGGAAAAGAUGCCAACCUGAAGUGCCAGCACGUGGGAGAGCUCCAAACUCAGUGUACGAGGACAUGAACCUAAUCCGAACCCAAAGUAUGGGACGUUAGUUUUCAGAUGAACUGUGUUGUCUUCACAUUAGGUCACAUUAACAUGGAAUGUGGCCAGUUAUUUUCUCUUGCUACGUGAUAACACAUUUAUAUGCGAUCAUAAAAUUGUAAAUUUUUACAGGUCUUCUUGAAAAUUCUGUAAUUGAUAAGUUAUUUUGUUAGUUUCACCUUUUGCCUGCUUCAUACAAUAUGCUAAUUGCACAGGUAUUGAUGGAACAGCACACCAUUUGCAUGGUGACUUUGGGAUGGAAAGUCUGAGGGUUAGUGGUAUUUGUAAAGCUAUUUUUAUCUCAAGAAAAUAUGACUUUUCUCUCUUCUCUUACCUGCUCUCAACUACCUUCAGUGUCUUUGUGCUGUAUCAUGUGCAAGAAAAUGGAGAAAUAAAGAACAUGUAGAAGCAAAUUAUUGCAAAUGCUGAACCAGGGCUCUGAUGAACAGUCAUCUCAACUCAAAACAUUAGCUUACUCUCUUCCCAUGGAUACUGCCUGGUCUGCUGUCAUCUCCAGCAUUUUUUGUCUUCAGUCAAUGCCACACUCACACAAUGCUACAGGAAGAGAUUCUUGACCUGGAGGAACAUCUGAACUUUAAUCACUGUCUCCAAUUAAUUGUGCACAGAAUCAAAUUUAAUCAAUUACAGGAAGAAAAGUGGAUGCAAAUCUAUGAACAAAUUUGCUCCAUCACUCAGUCUAACAUAUGUGACAUGGAGCUGAGAUGGCAGCAGUUCCAAAUUAUUAAUUCUUUGUUAAUGCACAAAUUGACAAAAUAUUGCUUAUAAAGCAAAUAUGUGAAGUUUUAUGUACUUAUAGUUGAUUACACUGAGCCAUCAUGUGUAUAACGAGACACUGUCAGCAAACUGUAUGGAUGUAUGGGCCUGAUAAAGUUUCUUCUGCAUGGUAAAAUCAAAACAGAGGAUACCCAAGGACAUCUGUGUAGACAAUGUGGCUGAACAUCAACAUGCUGUUAUCUGCCACCAUCUACGUAUGUUUCAAUUAUGUUCCAGUGUGAGAAGAUUUACAGAAUCAUUUUCUCUUCUGUCCUUAUCUCAAGCCAAGUGUAGGAUUAACAUUGCUGUUCAUGUCCAGCUAAUUUGCACAGAUUCAAAAGUUGUAUCUUUUUCAGGCUUUGCAUGUCAUGCCACCCUGUAAAACUAUGUGUCUUUAUCUAGUUCUCACUGCACAUCUUGCGACAAGCAUCACAAGAGAACAAAAAUUAUCUAUAAGAAGUCUGACAGUUUUUAAUUGCAUGUUUGCACCCAAUCAGUUGAUUAUAGUACUUAGCAACAUGCAUUCUAAAACUCAGCACAUCGUUCAAAUUAAAAUUAAUGGCAACGAGACAUUGCUACAAGUUCUAUUUUCAGCCUCACCAAACCUUUCCAGAUAUUAGAUAUUAAUUGGGUAAAAAAUGAAGUCUGCAGAUGCUGGAGAUCACAGCUGAAAAUGUGUUGCUGGUUAAAGCACAGCAGG